CUUCAACACCACGCUUGCUACUGAAACGCCCAGGCCCACGUCUCAUAUUUCACCCUUUACAUUACUGUCGCUAUUGACUUUCGCUGCACACUGCACUAAGCAUGUCCACCGCCGUGCUUACACCGACCCCAUCAGACGACCCAUUCCUGCGCGUGCAAGCGCACACCUGUCCACAGUGCGGCGCCGAAUAUGCACACACACUAGACGAGCACCACGACGCCGACAAGCGGCGGAUAGCAGAGCUAGAAUCACAGAUCAGGCUCCUGACCGAGAAGGCCACCUCAGCCGUCGACAAACUCGCCGACUACGAAAACGAGCUCCGCCGCCUCAAAUCCCCCCCCCAACCACCCCCCGAGCCCCCCCGCUCCUCCACCGACACCGACCCCGCCCGCCCAACCACCUCCUCCAGCAAUAAGACCUCCCGCUUCUCCUCCCUCCUCGGCACCCGUCGAGCCUCCCCCACCGAACCACCACCUCUCCCGCCCGUCCCAUCCCCCGACCUCCGCGCGGCGCUCGAGCGCGAGCAAACCCUGCGCGCGGCCGCCGAGGGCCAGCUGCACGCGAUGAGCGGCGAGAUCGAGGACCUGAGCGUGCAGCUGUUCCAGCAGGCGAACGAGAUGGUGGCGACGGAGCGGAAAGCGCGGGCGAAGCUGGAGGCGCGGGUGGCGGUGCUGGAGGAGCGGGAUGGGGAGAAGCGGGCGCGGUUGGAGCGGCUGGAGGGUGCGAUGAAGAGGAUUGAGCGCGUGAGGGGGUUGUUGGUGGGUGGGUGAUGUUGCGGCAUAAGACGAAUUGAAUACCCGGAGAGGGAGUCACUUCGAGGGCCUGAUGAGAGGACAUGCCGUGAAGUGAAGAGGUUUGUGCUUGAGCAGGUGCUGCGAGCGAGCGGAAGAGUUCCAGCGCCGCGGUUUGAUGAUGCUGCGGAGCUUCAAGAGCCCAUGAGGCUAAAACUCUUGUAAUCAUCCCGAGCUACCUCCGCGUCUGCAUACGAGGAGAGGGCUUGGCAUGGUUCUUUAGCCCUCGAUGCCCUCGCAGACACGCUACCCGCUUUAUGAGGAGUAAAUCGAAGAGAACUGGCAUGAAGAGUUGCAUCAUGUUAUCGAUGUCACAUUUAGCGCUCAUAGCAUAUGCUUGUAUUUGUAUUCAUAUAUCAUUAUACCAAUC